GCCCAUCAACCCAAGCUGGAGGCAAACUCAUCUAGGUAUUCAUCGGCGCGUUUGAAAGACUUCAGCGCCGCGAUUUCAUUGCUACGGAGGCUUAAUCGUUCAGAUCGGGCGAGUUAAUUUCCACGAGGUACUGUGGAAAUGUUCCCAGUCUGGAACAAGGGUUAAUUUUUCAUCUAAACGCGCCGAUUAUGGGCUGUAUUGGCUCCAAAACAACUAUUGUGGCAGUCGAUACUACCUUACGCGUGGAGUGGAAGGAAGUCAAGUCGGCCGCAGCUCUCUUUCCGCUGGGAAAUACUACGACCUCUCUGGUGCGAAGGCUGGCACACCAGACAUCAAUCGACAGCCCGGAAACUGCCGAGGUAAAUGUUGAAGACACUAUUGAAAUGUUACCAAAAUCAAGACGCGCGCUUACUAUUCAGGAGAUUGCUGCACUUGCAAGAUCAUCUUUACAUGGUUUUUCCCAGGUGGUGAAAGACCAUGUAACCAAGCCUACAGCCAUGGCUCAGGGUCGAGUUGCUCAUCUCAUCGAGUGGAAAGGUUGGUGUAAGCCAAUGGAGUCGCCGAUGACUCUUGAGAUUGAUUUCAAUUCCUACUCCGACUUAAGCGAAGGUGAACAGGAAGCACGAUUUGCAGCAGGUGUGGCGGAACAGUUUGAAAUUGCAGAGGCUAAACUGAAAGCAUGGUCAUCUGUCGAUGGUGAUGAGUCGAAUGAUGAUUCGUAUGAUGAAGAUUUUGUACCAACUACUGACAGCACACAACCAGCUGAUCCAGCAGGACAGCACCCACAAGUGAAUUAUUCAAGAGACAGGCUGCACAGUCAUUUGUGCCAACUUACAGUGCGGCAGACAUCAUGCGAACAGGAGAGUGAGUCCUCCCAGACUGUCUCCCCAGAGACCCUUUGUUCAAGUCUGUGCAGUCUGGAGGACCAUCCUUUGCUUAAAAUGGAGCUGGGGACCCCGACCGAAUUAGCUGCAAAACUGUUUGGCCAGAUCGGUGCGAUGUCCGGUCAUCAGGAUGUGAUUUCUCAGCUGCACCCAAAUGGAAACACUGAAUGUGCCUUUAGGAACCUUAUCUGCGAGGACUCCUCUUAUUCUGUGUCUUAUGCUGAAUCUUGUUUUACUCCAGAAGAAGACGAUAUGUCAUGCCAAGACUACAAAAGCAUUUCUAAGAAGGAGGAUGGGGAAUACGAAGGGCGGAGGAAGGUAUCAGACGUUGCUUCCUCGGGUGUAGUAUCUCUGGAAGAGGACGAUACUGAAGAUCAAUAAACCCUUGUAACCCUGGCAUGCAUUUCAUUCUUUGAUACUGGUCUUUAGGCGUCCACACAAUCGCUCUGUAUUUUGUAAAAGACUACCCUUUGCACAAGUAAUUGCCUGAGAUUUGGUGCAAAAGUCCAAGCACUUCGCAGGUUUGCAUGCUAUGAGGUGCCGAAAGGAACUGUUUGCUGAAAUGUUCUUAGCACGGUAUGUAGCUCAAGCUUUGAGAACUUUUCGUACUGGAUCUUUAAAUUACAUGCUACGUUAUUUUUUCUUGCUGGAAAGCACUCUGCAGUCUCAACGGCAUGGCUACGUCUUGUGUUAAAAUGGCCAAAUUAUAAUCUUCAUACAAGAUUAAACAGCUGCUGGAAUGUUCUUAAAAACAGACAUGCAAUGUCUUUUUAAAAAUAUUUCACCUGAGAGGUAUUUGCUUUUAACCUACUAGUUUUCUACCAUUCAACAUACUAUAAUCUGACAAAUAAUUAAUUUUCAAUGGUCUAAUGAAACACAUGGAAGUGUCUAAAUCUUUUAAAUUCCCACAGUUGAAUCCUCUAAUUUUGGAUAAAAUAGUUUCCACUGAUGCAGUAAAGGAAAAGUGCAUUAUGGUUCAAAUUUUAUAUUUUUGUAUUUGUGUCUGCAUCUUGUGAGGUAUUGCUGUAAAUUGGAUUGCACGGGGCUUCAGUGCUGUUGCUGUAGGAUAUUUCUUUGUUAUCACUGUGUGAUAUCGUCUACAAACAAAAAUACUGUGGUAUUACUGACUUUCAUAAUCAUGCUGUUUAACUGGCAAGUGUUUCAACAAACAUCUGCAUAAAACUAAUACAGAAAUCCUCCCACUCCAAAAAAAGCCACAUCACAGCCUGAAAUACUGAUCGGUGAGACUCGCACUCACUUUCUGUAAAAGUCAGAAAAAUUCACCAGUAAGUUCUCUCUUGACGUGACUUGCUGUGAAAACUCUUAACAAUGAAACAUGCAGUUUUUUCUUUACCACUCCA